AUGACUCUUUCAAUCCUCUUGAUCUCAUUUUUCAUUUCGUUCAUCUCCCCAAUACUCUGCUUCACAUCCUGUCCACUCCUCGGUCCAGCAUUCCCCUCAUUCACUUUAAAUACAACCGAUAGCACAAUCUCAGCAGCACUGAAAAAGCUCACUCGGGGGUUUGAUACUUUGGUCAACACUACAACGGGCACUCAUGGGGAUAUCUCGCCAAAUACAACAUUCAGUAUCACUUUAUUCUCGUCCGACAAUGGGAACGCCAAAGAUGAGCCAUUCUUCUGGCAGUAUCACCACACAGCACCUGCCUUGCAAGAAUCUUCACAUGAAUCCCAGACUGCAUAUCAGAAUAGCAUCUAUCGGAUAGGUGGUCUGACAGAGGUGUUCACCGUGUGGUGUCUUCUUAUUGCUGAAGAUGGAGGUCGGAUCUUUAAUGAUCCAGUCACAAAGUAUCUUCCAGAGCUACUUGAUGCAACAAGUGAUCAAGACUCAAUUGAGCACGUUCGAUGGGGAGAUGUCACUAUUGGCCAGCUUGCUAGUCAUAUGUCUGGCAUUGCUCGUGACUAUUGCUCGAGUGAUGUGACUCUACAGGCAGCUCCACUUGGCUUAGGUCUGCCUCUGCUUCAGGCUACUCAUAAGUCUUGCUGUGAUGAUUCCACCAAAUGUAGUACCAGCGAUUUCAUACGGCACAUAGCCGCCCAAACACCCGUCGCCCAAGCAGGGGUAACACCCAGCUAUUCUAACAUGGCAUUCCAACUGCUAGGCUAUAUUAUAGAAAGGCAGACAGGGAAUUCAUACAGCGAGGCCCUGCAACAAAGCAUUUUGACACCACUCAACAUGACUUCAACCACCAUAUUUGCACCAAAUAAUUCAUCUGAGGGGAUUAUACCCAUAAACAAACAAGCCAGUGGCUGGUCAACCCACGGAAGCAGCAAGGAAGCAUCAACAGCCCUCUUCACAACCCCAAAGGACCUCUCAAAAGCCGCAAGAGCAAUCCUAUCCUCGACUCUGCUCCCAGCCCCAAACACAAACACCUGGCUAAAGCCAGUCUCGCACACCUCAAACCCAGCAAACUCCCUCGGUAACCCGUGGAUAAUUUACAGCGCUGGGAACUACCCUAAUACCUCAAUGGUAGAUAUCUAUACCGUUCUGAGUAACGAAGAUCCCAAGGAAAGUCUCUACAGCUCUUACCUAGGUCUCGUGCCCAGUCUCGGCGUUGGGUUUGCCAUUUUAUCCGCUGAUACCGAGAAACCAGCCGAUUUGAAUGCUCAUGCAGAUCUGAUUGGGGAUGUCGUUUUGGAGGCUUUGAUGGAGGUUUCUGCCGAGCAAGCCUUGACUAAUUUUGGCGGCUUGUAUGUGGAUUCCAGUGCUGCGCUCAAUUCUUCGAUUGUGCUUGGUGUGGAUGAAUUGCCUGGAUUGUUCAUCCGGAGCUUUGUCAGUAAUGGUACUGAUUUUAGGGCUACAUUGGCUGGUAUUCUGGGUUUUGCCUCUCCCGCUGAUUUGAGUAUCAGGUUGUAUCCUGUGCAGCUGGUUGAGGGGUCUAGGUCUGGGUCUAGAAUGGAGCUUAGGGCUGUUUUUCAGGAUGUGACUGAGUUGGCGGAUGCUGGGACUCCUACUUGUGUGUCUUGGUUGAACUUGGACAAGUUGCGGUAUGGUGGGAGGGCAUUGGAUGAGUUUGUGUUUGAGUUGGAUCUCAAGAAGAGGGCUACCCUUCCACCCAGCAAAGGCUGCAAUGUCAUUACGGUCUCUCCAGCCCCAGGCAAUACAAUAAUGCCUAGCAAGGAGCUGCCAUUCCUCCAUCUCAUCCAGCAUCUCCAAGCCGGCAACCCUCUCCUUCUCCUGCUCACUAAUCCACUGCUUCCAGAUAAAUUCAAUAUCAGCCGCCGCCUGGCCGUUCUCAAAUCCGUGCUCUCGGAACCGACCGCGCUGCGCUUCGAGCGAUGCAUACCGAUGCAGCGUCUGGAGCUGGAUACCGCGCGCCGCAAGAUUCGAAACCAUGACCUGGCCGAACGAAUCAUUUGGCCGAAUAGGCUCAUAGAGAAUGAGUCCCAGGGGGGAUCUUUCUUUGGGAUCUACAGCACCAAAGAGACGCGUCGUAAAAAAAGAAACUACCUCCUCCGCCUCAAUUGGCGACAGGUAGAUGAGACAGCACUCUGA